AUGUCGGUCUUACCCAGCCCCAAGAUACUCUUCUUGUUCCUCUUCCUGCUCUUCUUGUCUCUUUCACCUGGAUUACAUGGCUUCAAAGUGACUGGUGCGUUGGGUGGUGUGAACUCAACCACUGGGGCGCGGCCACUUCGUUAUGAAAUCCACGAAUUCGCCAAUUCUGGCCCUGCUUUCCAUUUGUUGAUCCUGUCCAUGAUGGCUUUCCAGGCUGCAAACCAGUCGGAACCUCUUUCAUACUUCCAGAUCUCAGCAGGCAUUCAUGGUUACCCUCAGGUCCCUUGGGAUGGCGUGUUGGGCACAGGCCAAUAUGCUGGAUUUUGUCUACACAGCGCUGUUCCAUUUCCCAUGUGGCAUCGGCCCUAUGUAGCACUCUUCGAGCAAAUCAUCUGGACCUACGCGCAAGAAAUUGCAGACAUCUUCCCAGAAGAACAACGCGACCAAUACCAACAAGCCGCCUUCAAUUUGCGUUUUCCGUAUUGGGAUUGGGCAUUGCAUCCUGCUCUGCCAGACGUGGUCACUCAACCCGAGAUCACUGUGAACACACCGGAAGGAUUGCAGACUGUCGAAAACCCGCUCUUCAGUUAUAACUUCCAGUCCAACGCUGCAGGAAAUGGCUUCCCGCCUUCACAUCCUUUGGCAAAAUUCGGAACCACCGUUAGAUGGUAUGAUGAUGCUACGGAACAAAGCAAUCAAACUGCGGCGACUGCGUCAUUGAGAGCACAAGCUCCAGGGCUGCUUUCUCUUACAUAUCAGUUGUUCACAACGAUCUCGGAUUACACUCUUUUUUCUUGCAACAAUCCGGGUGGCAAUCCAGGCAUCUUGAACAAUAUCGAGGCCAUCCACAACAGCAUCCACAACAGUGUUGGGGGGUAUGGACAUAUGGAGUUUCCCGAAACAGCAGGCUUUGACCCUGUGUUCUGGUUGCACCACGUCAAUGUUGAUCGCCUUGUUGCCAUGUGGCAGAUUCUCAAUCCCACUAGUUACAUCGUCCCUACCGUGAACAUGUUCGGCUCAUACUACGAAGCGAAAGGUUUUAUUGAUUCUGGCUCCACUGCAUUGGCCCCUUUCCACUCUGAUGCGGGCAGUACUAUGUUCACCACCGACGGCGUCCGUAGCAUUAGGACUUUUGGGUACGGCUACCCUGGACUGGAAGACUGGAACAAGACUCAAGCUGAGCUGGCCAGCAAUUUACGGCGUCUCAUCAAUACCCAGUACAAUCCUCGCACGAAUAUCACGCACAGCCGCAUUAGUAGGGCGACGAAGCAGAGAUCAGCCAAUGUUGCCGAUGCCUUUGGCAAUGUCGACCUUGACAUGGUACGGGAUCUGAACGUCAAUAAUCUCGAGACGCAAUGGUCUAUCGCUGUACUGGUUGAUCGAUUCGCUUUGGAUACUAGCUACUGCAUCGACUUCUUCAUCGGUGACCCGCCAACCGACGUUACCUUGCGACCAACAGCCAAAAAUCUAAUAGGAUCAUAUGCACAGUUCGGCCAUGCCAAUGUUUCUCUGAUUCACCCAGGCGGGGCUCCUGAGGGACAAGUUGGGAGCGAAGUCUCACUGACGCACAUUUUGGCUGCCGGUGUUAUGCGAGGCGUUCUGAAAGACUUGUCACCCGAGUCAGUGAUACCACUACUACAGAAGGCUUUGAACUGGCGAGCCCGGACCGCGACAGGGGACGAGGUUCCAUUAGAAGCAGUCUCGGGCCUCUCCAUUUCUGUCUACAGCCGAUCUGUGAUUCCAACAGAUGCCGAUGACAGAUUUCCUCAAUAUGGAGCCGUCCAGUGGCAGCGAUCUGCGACUAAUGGCAAGCCAUGCGGGGCUUCGCGGCCAAAUAUGGGGUCACAGCCAGUUUAA